UGGUCCGGAUGAGUUUAGCGAUGUAAUCGGCAAUGAGACCGCGACCACAGUAACCCUACUCAUCAGCCUUUUUCUUCUGCUUUGGCAUCCUAUUGAUAGAUUAGAGACUGCAAUUGCUGCGUGUAGCUUUCUUUUUCCUCCUCGCCCUCAAAUUCAAUCCAUAUCCCCAAAACCACCCACACACACCCUCGCUUCCAUCAUACUCACGCACAACACAAACGAUGGAUAGAUACCAGAGGGUGGAGAAGCCCAAAGCAGAUACUCCGAUUAACGAGAAUGAGAUCCGCAUUACCACUCAAGGAAGGAUGAGAAACUAUAUCACAUAUGCUACCACUCUCUUUCAAGAGAAAGGAUCAGAUGAAAUUGUUGUCAAAGCAAUGGGACGGGCAAUAAAUAAGACUGUAAUGAUUACUGAGCUAAUAAAGAGAAGGAUUGUUGGUCUGCAUCAGAAUACUCAAAUUGGGUCAACUGAUAUAACUGACACAUGGGAGCCACUAGAAGAAGGCCUUCUUCCUUUGGAAACUACCCGUCAUGUUUCAAUGAUCACAAUCACCUUGUCAAAGAAAGAGCUGGAUACUUCCUCUAUAGGAUAUCAACCUCCUCUACCAGUUGAUCAAGUAAAACCCUUAAAUGAAUAUGAAGACGAAGGAGAAGGCUCACCAAGGAUGCGAGGAAGAGGGCGAGGUCGUGGAAGGGGCAGGGGUAGAGGUAGAGGAAGAGGCAUGUACAAUGGGGGUAUGGAAUAUGGAGAUGGUUGGGAUGGUGGCCGUGGCUAUGGUGGCAGAGGGCGUGGCCGUGCAUGGGGCCGUGCUUUCCGGGGACGAGGACGAGGCUUUGGUGCCCAGCCUGUUGGGUAUUACGACAAUGGUGAAUAUGAUGCACCACCUGCCCCACGUGGCCGAGGUCGUGGAAGGGGAUGGGGUGGUGGGCGUGGUCGUGAUGUAGGCCAAGGUGCAGCUGCCUGAUCACCUUGGUGUUGGUUCUCGUGUAAAUGUUUCGUUAGAAGAGGGUUGCCUCGCCUCUCUGCUUAGUUAUUUGUUAGCUGUUAAUUUGGUAUUAUUUGAAGCGCUCAGUGUUCCAUGUUCCUGCAGUUUUGUUUUUGUAGUUCUUUCCCUUGUAACAUCUAUAAUUUAAGUUAGGGAGGUUGAGUUAGGUAUAUUUAUUUUAGACUUUGAAAAAAGAGUCAAAAUAAUCAAAAUUUUCAUAUAGAAUUAUCACAGCAAGUUUUUCCA